AUGCAAGAUAUUGAGUAUGAAAAUGAAUGGGUUAAUUGGAUUGAGGAAGCUGUCGAUAAAGAAUAUUGUAAAUUUUAUGAAUACAAUCAAUUUAAUAAUAUUCAACAAAUUGGUACCGGAAGUUUCGGAAACGUAUAUCGUGCCAGUUGGAAAAAUUCAGAAAAGCAAUUUGCAUUAAAAUCUUUUUUUAGUCUUAAUAAUGUCACCAUAAAAGAAAUCAUUCGUGAGUUAAAAAUUCAACGAGAAGUUGAUUUUCAUGAUAACGUUAUUCGUUGCUAUGGAAUAACAAAACUUGAGUCAGAAAAUGAAAAUAAUUAUUGGUUAGUGAUGGAAUAUGCCAACGGUGGUAGUCUUCGAAGUUAUUUGAAGAAAAACUUUAGCAAGCUUACUUGGGAUGACAAAUAUAAUAUGGCAUACCAGUUAUCUUGUGCUUUAUCAUGCUUACAUAGUAAAAGAAUAGUGCAUCAUGAUUUGCACUCCCGCAAUAUACUAGUACAUAAUAACACAAUCAAAUUAGCAGAUUUUGGAUUAUCCAAAAGAAUUGGAGCAUCUUCCAAUUUUCAAUCUAAAUUAUUCGGGAUGGUUCCAUAUGUCGAUCCAAAAAGCUUUAGUGGACAAAGAAGCGAUAACCAAUCAACACAAAUGUACUCAUUAAAUGAAAAAAGUGAUAUUUAUAGUAUUGGCGUACUAUUAUGGGAACUAUCUAGUGGGAAACCUCCUUUUUAUGUUGAAGAUGAACAAUAUGAUAUUGGUUUAACUUUGGAAAUUUCACAAGGUCUUAGAGAAACUACUGUUCCUGAUACACCUGAUGAAUAUGUUAAAAUUUAUACUAGAUGUUGGGAUGGAGAACCAGAUAAUCGCCCAACAAUAUAUCAAGUAGUUGAUUGGCUAAAUGCAAUAAUUGCAAAAACAGAUUAUUUAUUAUUUCAAAAAUUUAUAAGUAAAUAUAUAGCUUUAAAAGUAUAA